CCUGCGCCAAGAGUAACAAGAUGGCGGAGAGUGCGGAACUGAAGCAAAUGGUGAUGAGCCUGCGGGUCUCGGAGCUCCAGGUCUUACUGGGCUACGCGGGCCGCAAUAAGCACGGCCGCAAGCACGAGCUGCUAACCAAGGCCCUGCAUCUGGUCAAGGCCGGCGUCAGCCCUGCAGUACAGGUGAAGAUCAAGGAGCUGUACCGGCGGCGCUUCCCCUCCAAGCUGGUAUCCCCUGUGGACCUGGCGCUGCCCGGGGUGGGAAUCGGGGCACACCUAGUGCCCGGCGUGGGCUCCACGGCCACCCCCAGCCCCGCGGCCGCCCCCGGCUCCCUGCCCCCAGGCCUGGCGCAGCUGGCCUUCGACGGGCACGGCGCCCCCUCGCCCCUGCUGCCCGUCUCCCUGCUGGGCACCAAGCACGAGCUGAGCGGCCUGCCCCACCUGCCGCCCGCCGCCAUGCACCCGCUGCACCCCGACGUCAAGCUCACCAGGCUGCCCUUCUACGACCUGCUCGACGAGCUCAUCAAGCCCACCAGCCUGGCCACAGACAGUAACCAGCGUUUUCAGGAGACGUGUUUUGCUUUCGCUCUGACGCCACAGCAAGUCCAACAGAUCAGCGGCUCUAUGGACAUCUCGGGGAGCAAGUGUGAUUUCUCCGUUCAGGUUCAGCUAAGGUUUUGUCUAUCAGAAACGAGUUGCCCUCAGGAAGAUCACUUCCCUCCCAAUCUCUGCGUCAAAGUUAACGGCAAGCCAUGCAACCUCCCGGGCUAUCUUCCCCCCACCAAAAACGGAGUGGAGCCAAAGCGGCCGAGCCGGCCAAUCAACAUCACCUCCCUGGUGCGCCUCACCACCACCGUCCCCAACACCAUCAUCGUCUCCUGGACCUCAGAGAUCGGACGGAGCUUCUCCAUGGCUGUGUACCUUGUGCGUCAGCAGUCGUCGUCAACGUUGCUUCAGAGGCUGCGUUCAAAAGGCAUCCGAAACCCAGACCACUCCAGAGCACUCAUCAAGGAGAAGCUGACGGCAGAUCCAGACAGUGAAAUUGCCACUACUAGCCUGCGAGUGUCCUUACUGUGUCCGCUGGGUAAGAUGCGUCUGACGAUCCCGUGCCGGGCGCUGACGUGUUCACACCUGCAGUGUUUCGACGCCACCCUCUACCUCCAGAUGAACGAGAAGAAGCCCACAUGGGUCUGCCCUGUAUGCGACAAGAAGGCACCCUAUGAACACCUCAUCAUUGACGGGCUUUUUAUGGAAAUCCUGAGCAGCUGUGCGGACUGCGACGAGAUCCAGUUUAAGGAAGAUGGGAACUGGUCGCCAAUGAGGUCCAAAAAGGUUGUGCAAGAAGUGUCGGCAUCUUCCAACGGGCUGGAGGACUCCCACAGGUCGAUGUCAGAGCAUCGGAACAGCUCGUCACAUGGUGGUGAUGGCAAGAAGGUGGAGAUCAUCGACCUGACACUGGACAGCUCCUCAGACGACGACGACGACGAUGACGAGCCUCCGCCCAAACGCUCUUGCCCUUCCCUGUCGCCCACCUCCCCUCCAGUCAGCAAAGGUGUAUUAAACCUGCGCCAUCAGGCGUCUCCGGUGACGCGAGCUCCCAGUAUGCCAGGCAUGGAGACCAGCUACAUCCCUCCACCCCCUCCCCUCAUCCAGGACUACCGCCACUUCUACCCUGCACACAGCGAGCUGGACUUGAACUUUUUCCAUGCGUUCUUGCAGAAUGACAGCCAGCACUAUAACAUCAUGAUGGCGGCUGCAGCGGCUGCCUCGGCCUCCGCCACCUCCCCGGAGGAGCACGAGCUGCUCAUGAGCCGCUUCCUGCCCUACACCUCCUCCCAACUCUUCCUGGACCAAUCGAGUGCGGUGGCGGCGGCCAGCGGGGCUGGCCUAGGGGUGGCGGUGACCAAUGGUAGUGGAGGAGGCGGCGGCGGUGGUGGCAGCAGCAGCAGCAACAGCAGCAGCGGCCUGGUGUCACCCGGCAGCCUGAGGGACAGCAGCAGCGGCGGCAGUAGCCACGCCCACACGCACACCACGCUGUCCUCGGCAACCACCCGCUCCAGCACGGCCGACACGGUGGCCUCUGUCAUCUACGGAGCCAUCCCAGACAUCAUCUCAUUAGACUGAUGCUACACGCUCACCCUGGAACCCAUCCCAUACCCCAGCUCCCUUACACAGACACCCCUGCUCCAUACAGGGGCAACACAGACUAGUCAAUAGUGGACAGAGAAAGCACUGAGAGAGAGAGUGUGUGUGUGAGUGUGUGCUUGUGUACGGAUGAGUAUUAAUGUGUGUGUGGUGAGACUGGACGAGAUUCUUUUUUUUUCCAACAAAAAGAGGACUAAAAUGUUUGGAAGUUGGAAAGAGGGAAAAGAAGAAUGAAGAGAAGAUGAACGCCAUUUUUGUAUACAAGACAAAGGGGAGGAAGAGGAA